GUACUACAUGUGUGUUGACCAACGCGCAGCCUUUUUUCGCUUGGCUUUCUAUAGAGCAGUCACUCCUCCAGUGUCCCAGGUUCCUUUUACCCGGUCUGCCCCUCUCUGUCUUACGACCUCACGCAAACCUCUAAACCGCUGGACAUGGCAUCUGUUUCUGCUCCUGCUCAGACAGCUUCCGCUCCCUCUGCUGGGCUCCAGCGAGGGAUAGUUAAGAUGGUGCUGUCAGGGUGCGCCAUCAUUGUGCGGGGUCAGCCUCGCGGCGGCCCACCUCCGGAGCGCCAGAUAAAUCUCAGCAACAUCCGAGCGGGUGCCCUGGCUCGGCGAGCGGCCCAAAGCCAGCCUGACACCAAGGACACGCCCGAUGAGCCGUGGGCCUUUCAAGCCAGAGAGUUCCUGCGCAAGAAGCUGAUUGGCAAAGAGGUGUGCUUCACCGUAGAGAUCAAGACUCCAUUGGGCCGCGAGUAUGGCAUGGUCUACCUGGGAAAAGACACAACGGGCGAGAGCAUCGCCGAGUCGCUGGUGAACGAGGGCCUCGCCACGGUGAGACGAGAAGGAAUCAGAGGCAACAAUCUGGACCAGGUGCGGCUGUGUGAUUUGGAGGAUCAGGCCAAAGCAUCCAGAAAGGGCAUAUGGACCGAAGGCGGCGGCGCGCACACCAUCCGCGAUCUCAAAUACACCAUCGAGAACCCCCGCAACUUUGUGGACUCCCUGCACCAGAAGCCCGUCAACGCCAUCAUCGAGCAUGUGCGUGACGGCAGCGUCGUGCGUGCCCUGCUGCUUCCCGACUACUACCUGGUCACUGUCAUGCUGUCUGGAGUCAAGUGUCCCACGUUCAAGCGAGAAGCGGACGGCACAGAGUCCCCGGAGUCCUUCGCCGCUGAGGCCAAGUUCUUCACUGAGUCACGGCUGCUACAGCGCGACGUGCAGAUCAUCCUGGAGAGUUGCCCUAACCAGAUCAUCAUUGGAACUAUCUUACACCCGAAUGGCAACAUCACCGAAUUGCUGCUGAAGGAAGGCUUUGCCCGUUGCGUGGACUGGUCCAUGGCCGUCUAUACCCAGGGUGCCGAGAAACUCAGAGCUGCUGAACGAUCUGCUAAAGAGCGCAAAGUGCGCAUCUGGAAGGACUAUGUGGCGCCCACAGCCAAUUUGGACCAGAAGGACAGACAAUUUGUGGCCAAGGUGAUGCAGGUUGUCAACGCCGACGCCAUCAUGGUCAAGUUGAACUCGGGAGAGUAUAAGACCAUUCACCUGUCCAGCAUUCGGCCCCCCAGGAUCGAGGGCGAGGAGAAGAACAAGGACAAAGACAAGCGAUUCCGUCCGCUCUACGACAUCCCCUACAUGUUCGAAGCUCGCGAGUUCCUCAGGAAGAAACUCAUCGGGAAAAAGGUCAACGUGACGGUGGACUACAUCAGAGCAGCAACCGGCCCAGGCGAAAGCACCCCUGCCUUCUCAGAGCGCACCUGUGCCACAGUCACCAUCGGUGGAAUUAACAUCGCAGAAGCUCUGGUCAGCAAAGGCCUGGCCACGGUCAUCAGGUACCGACAGGACGACGACCAGCGCUCCUCGCACUACGAUGAGCUCCUUGCCGCGGAGGCCCGGGCCAUCAAGAACGGAAAGGGGCUGCACAGCAAGAAGGAGGUUCCCAUUCACAGAGUGGCAGAUAUCUCUGGGGAAACGCAGAAAGCCAAGCAGUUCCUGCCCUUCCUGCAACGGGCCGGACGCUCGGAAGCGGUGGUCGAGUACGUCUUCAGCGGCUCUCGCCUGAAGCUGUACAUGCCCAAAGAGACCUGCCUCAUCACCUUCCUGCUCGCUGGUAUCGAGUGUCCACGCAGUUCCAGGAACACUCCAGGCGGCAUGCAGGUAGCGGAGCCUUUCAGUGAUGAGGCCAUGCUGUUCACCAAAGAGCUGGUGAUGCAAAGAGAGGUGGAGGUGGAAGUGGAGAACAUGGACAAAGCGGGCAACUUCAUCGGCUGGCUGCACAUCGAAGGCGUCAACCUGUCGGUGGCAUUGGUAGAGAACGCCCUCUCCAAGGUCCACUUCACGGCCGAGCGAAGCAACUACUACAAAACGCUGGUGACGGCCGAGGAAGGGUGCCGGCAGAGGAAGGAGAAGGUGUGGGCCAACUACGAGGAGAAGCCCAAGGAGGAAGUGGUGCACGUGUCCGAGGAGAAAGAGCGCGUGGCUAAAUACAAGCCCGUCUACGUCACGGAAAUCACCGACAUGCUCCACUUGUACACCCAAGACGUAGAGACAGGAAGCCAGCUGGAGAGUCUGAUGGAGAGCAUGCGAGCAGAGCUCGCCACCCAGCCCCCCGUAGAAGGAGCCUACGCUCCGCGCCGGGGCGAAUUCUGCAUAGCCAAGUUCGCCGAUGGUGAAUGGUACAGAGCCCGAGUGGAGAAAGUAGAGUCGGCGGCAAAAGUGCACGUCUUCUACAUCGACUACGGCAACAGAGAAACCGUGUCGUCCACCCGCCUCGCCACCAUCCCGCCCGCCUUCAGCACCAGAACGCUGCCGGCACAGGCUACAGAGUACGCCCUCGCCUACAUCCAGGUGCCGCAGGACGAAGAUGCCCGGGCUGACGUGGUGGACUGCGUGGUGCGCGACAUCCACAACAGCCAGUGCCUGCUCAACGUGGAGUACUCUGGCGUCACAUGCCCUCACGUCACAAUACAGUUUGGCGACACCAAGGACGACGUUGGCCUUGGCCUGGUCAAGGAGGGUCUGGUCAUGGUAGAUGUACGCAAAGAGAAGCACCUGCAAAAGAUGGUAAAGGAAUACCUGAACAGUCAAGAAUCCGCCAAGAGUGCCAGGCUCAACAUUUGGCGCUACGGAGACUUCCGCGCCGACGACGCCGAAGAAUUUGGCUACAGGCGCUAACGUCAAUGCGACAUAAGAAUUUUCACAAAAACGACAAAAAUCGACAAAAAUCGACCAUCCAAUCAACGCCAUUCCAAAGACCAACUUGGACAUAUUGGGGGGAGCGGUGCACUGGGGGGAGGGGGGGGUGACUGACUGGACAAAUGAAUUAAAAAAAAAAAAAAAACGCUCAGUCUUAUCUUUUUAAAUUGUGAAUAUCAUGGAGAGAAAAAAGCACGCUAGUGUCGUUUGCGCUCACUUCCCGCGCUAUUUGAUAAUUCCGAGGCGUUUGAGCGACGGCCUCUCCUCCAAUCACUGCUUUUCUUCAAGGACUAAUGUUCAGUUUCUUUUUAUUUGUGUUUUUUCUUGCGAUAACAACUUUGCUCCCCCAAUGAACCUCGAUGUCAAUGAAUUUAGCGAGGAAAUAAAAGGACAAAAAGGGUGUCUUUGUUUGUCUUGGAGUGUAAACGUGCGAUGCCGAUUUUUUUUGUUGUUGUCAAAACUAGUGACACCAUGCAGCGGCUUUUCUCCCAUCUUCAUUCUGUAGCGACAUUGGCGGGCAAGCCAUCUUUUCUGUCUCGCAUUUGUCUCCUCAAUAAAAACAACUAAAU